GGAAGGUUCUGAAGCGGAAGUGGGGUGGCGGAAGUGAGCUACCUGAGCGACAGUUGCCAUGGAGUCCGCGGAAGACUGGCUGGUGGAAUCCUUGCGCUUGUACCAGGAUUUCCAUGCAUUCGACCUCCCAGGAGCCACUCGAGUCCUUGAAUGGAUUGGUGACAAAGGAGUUUUUGUUGCUGGCUAUGAAAAGUUGAAAAAAAAUGAAGUUCUUCACCUGACGUUACCCUCCCGACUUUCUGUAAAAGAAAACCAGGGCUUAUUCCCAGAAAGAGAUUUCAAGGUCUGCCACGGAGGAUUUUCAGACAGGUCUAUCUUUGAUCUGAAGCACGUGCCAGACACCAGGUUGCUGGUGACCAGUGGCCUUCCAGGUUGUUACCUGCAGGUGUGGCAGAUCGCAGAGGACAGUGAUGUCAUUGAAGCUGUCCGCACCAUUGCUGUGCAUGAGAAAGAGGGCAGUCUCUGGCCGAGGAUCGCCAUCUUCUCGUCAGUGGCACCUGGAGUCCUCCACGGGGCGCGGCUCAGCGGCCUGAAGGUUGUGGAUCUGGAAUCCCAGAAGGUCACAUACACCUCAGGUGUCAGUGACAGUGAGGAGCUGAGUAGCCUGCAGGUCCUGGAUGCGGACACCUUUGCCUUCUGCUGCACCUCGGGCCGGCUGGGGCUCGUUGACACCCGCCAGAAGUGGGCGCCGGCAGAGAAUGUCAGCCCCAGCCCCGGGGCUGGUGGAGGGAGGUGGUGUGCAGAAGUCAGGGGCCAGGGCCCUGGGCCCAGCAUUGCCAGCCUGUGCUCAGAUGGGCUGCUCUGUCUUCUUGACCCUCGGGACCUCGGCCAUCCUGUGCGCUCAGUGCGGUGCCCAGUGUCCACACCCAGCCCUGACCCAGAGCUGCUGCGAGUGACCUGGGCUCCAGGCCUGGACAGCUGCUUGGCCAUCUCAGGUUUUGAUGGGACAGUCCAGGUCUAUGAUGUCACCUCUUGGGAUGGAACGGAGGGCCACGUAGAACCUCUCUUCACUCACAGAGGUCACGUCUUCCUAGAUGACCACGGGACAGGCGCUGCUCCGCUGGUCACCACCCACACCUGGCACCCCCGCAAGCCAAGGACUUUGUUGUCGGCAGCAAGUGAUGCCUCUGUGCACGUGUGGGACUGGGUGGACCGCCGUGCCUCCCGCUGACACCAGCGUCUUCCUGCCGGGCCCCUGGAAGAGGAGCUGCUGUACACACAAGGGCACUGAUUUAGGACUCAAGUGACCACAGUCCCUGUUACCAGCGGGGUCGCCUUGGGCCAGUGAAGCAGCCUCUCUCAGCCUCAGUGUCUUUAUUGGUAACUACCUCGCAGGGUUGUUGGGGAAGUUAGAAGAAAUAUAUGGGGAAAUACCAGGUAGGAUGCAGGAUAGAGAAUUGGUGGCUACUCUUAGGUCAGACAGUUGUGGGCGACAGGAUCAAUCCCACAGGUUUUUGGCACGAGAGAUGCCUUCCUGACCUAAUGGACGGUGGGGGGCCUUCUCAAGAGCAGUGCUGACCAUGCACAGUCAUUCCCGGUCUCUUGACUUUACAGCCCACCCCCAUGUAAGCUCUGGCUCCCGGCACUUUGUACAGUUGGGAGGCUGAUAUAACAUAGUGAUUAAGACACUUGUGUUGGAGUCAGAUCAGAGUGUGCAUGUGUGGAAGGCUUCAGAGACAUAAGUCUGGGGCCCAGGCCCACUGCAACCUGCCCACCAGCUCUCUUGGGGCUGCUCCUGUCAACCCCUAAUCAAAACUCAGAGAUCCAUCCAACAAUACAGCUACUUUGCAAUAGGACCCAAAGGUUCAAUCAUGUCAAUAAAGACCAGUGAAGCCCUGUGAUUCAGGCUCGCUGCUGCUGGAUGACAGCUCCUCCUUGAUCAGCGUAGUGCUCAGCAUUUUAAGAAGUUUUCAUUUAGCCCUCGCCGGUUUGGCUCAAUGGAUAGAGCAUCGGCCUGCGGACUGAAGGGUCCCAGGUUUGAUUCCAGCCAAGGGCACAUGCCUGGGUUGUGGGCUCGAUCCCCACUCAUUUAACAGGGACCGCUCAGAGCAACCAAGGCUAUGCAUUCUCUGAAGAGUCCGUAUGAACUUGGGAGGAAAACUGUAGUUCCAAGAAACAGGCAAAUUCCACUUUGACCCAAACAGCGAAGUACUGCACAUCCCCCUCACUGCUGGCAACCCGGGUGGCUCUGUCUCUCACAUUCCUCUAUUUUGACUAGUCAGAACUAGGUUCCAUAUCUCACCUGCAGCCCCCAUCUUCCGGGUUCUGCAAGUCCUCCAGACACUGCCUCCUCUCCACUUUCUGGGUGUUUUGUCUCACCCAGAUCUGGGGCCCCAGGGGCAGGACAGUCAGGUACUCUUCCAGGACUAGCAACUCCAGAUCUGCUCUUUCGUACACUUCUCUGGUCUCGGCCCCUGGCGACAGAGCUCCCGGAGAUGGAUGAGGGUCUCCUGGGGUGCUGACGCUUCUUGAGAGUGGAAAUGCCAAAAGCAUUGGUCUGGGGCCACUCCCUUGAAGGGAAAUUUCCUGCUCCCAGUGAAAAUCUUCCAGCUUCACUAUUCGAAGCUCUCCUUGUACUUGAGGAGCCCGGAUUUGUUGGUCCCCAGCUACAGCCAUUGUUCAGCUCCGAGAAGAACCUUACAACCGUGCUCUGAAGUUGAAACCUCUUCCUUUACCUCGUUGGGAAGCCACCGUCAGAGGGGAGCCACUCAGUAGAACUAGAACCAGAGACAUGCAUUACAGAGUGAGCCCUAGUGAAAGCCACCAGUGUCAGUCAUCCCAGCAGGACUGAGGUGAAGAAAGAGCCUUCCUGUUCUUCCCUCCCCGUGUCUUGGUGCCCGUGGGUCUGGCCCUCUCACUGGGGAGGCAGCUCCAGAAGUUUGAUAGGAGGGGGCAAAGACAGGUGAUCUGGUUGGAAAGUAAAGGCGUAUGGAGCUGUGUUUGCAUAGCAAUUUGAGAAAAUGCCAGUUAUCCAUGCUGAAGAAUGAGGGUGGGCUGCAGAGAUAAUAGGGACAAUAAGCUCACCCUCCCCAGCCACUGGUCCCCAGUGCUGCAAAGUGAAUGUGCAGGGCCGGCACAGAGGGCGCCCAACGUAGCAGCACCUUGGAGAGCAGCACCGGGUGGAGGCGGCUGGCCCUUCAGAUUCAAAUGCUCCGACUGCUGAGCUGCCUCGCAUCUGGCUGAGCUCUCGGCUUUGGGCGCCCCGUUCAGGAUUCCUCAGUCCUGGCACCGUAACUCUCCCAAACAGGAAGGCUUACCGUGGUUAAGGUUACAGGCUUUAAGAGCAAAGAUGAUAAAAACAGGUUCACAGGGUGUUAAGAGUUGGAAGGAAAGUUAAGAUAUUCCGGCUUCCACUCAAAGCUGAGGCAGUCGGGGCUUCAACUCGCCCCAGGUCUCACAGCUGGUUUACGGCAAGAACUGGGACAGUGGCUCUGCCCUUGGACCGUGGGCUGGGUGACAGGCCUGGAGAGCCUGACUUACGCCGCUCCAAGGGCUACCCUGGCGGGGGGCGAGGUCGUCCCCGGGGGGCGGUGGGGAAAGGGUGCCGCCGGCGUGACAACGUGACCUGCCCCUGGUCCGCUCGCGGGCCGUGGACCCACAUCUGGACCCAGGAUCUCGGCCCGGCCACGCCCACCCGGCAAGGGCGACCCAAGCCGCUCCGUCCGCCAAGGCCCCUGCGACUGCGGGAGGUCUGGCCCUACCCUGCACUCGGACCCCGAUUCAGACCCCAAAUCUGGGCCCUCGGUCGCCCACCAAACACCAGGAGCGAAAACGCCAGCCCCAGGAGGGUUCGAGCUUCGCCGGACUUCAUUUCCCAUAGGUCUCCGCUGGUGCCCACAGACUGACGGCAGCGGUAGCCAAUAAGGUUCGGAGAUGGUUUAGGCGCGUAUUUGUUCCGGACGAAUCAUUGCCGAGGGGUGGGGCUUUCCCACAAAGUGAAGUCGGGGUUCGGAACCGCAGCUGGAAGCGACUGAGCGGGAAUUCGGGGAGCCGGCAGCCUCUCACCCUACCGGCCGGCGGCACGGAGAGGGGGUCCUUUCCAAAGUGUCCCUGGCCGCCGAAGGCGGGCGUGUAUCCCCGCGAGCCCCCGCUGACCCGCGUCACACCGGCGGUCACCCAGCCGGCGGCUCGGCCGAGGCCGCUCGUGUGGGGCUGAGACCAAGUUAUUUUGCCACAAGAGAAAGUACUUCUCCGUCCUGGGUGUCCUCUGUGGUGACGCGUCACCCCCUCAGUCCUCGCCCGACACCCCGCACCCCCACUCCCUCACGUCUGUGAGCACAGCCCUGGGAGAGGCAGGGGGACCCCGCCGGCGCUAGCGCGCAGCCAUCAGCUGUGGAGCGACCUUGGAGCCCAGCAAGCACCGUUCCCUUAGGGACUGGACUGCGGUGCAGCAGGAUGGACGCAUUUCCUCAGACCUGCAGUGAGCAGCGCAAAUACCCCAGGGAGUGUGAUAUUGCUCCUGCCUUUGAUAAUGCAAUGGAGUUAACCAUUAACCGUCUUCAGGACUAGAGUGGUUGACUGAGUAGCAGGUGCUAGGCUCAAGGACCCAAGAACAAAGCCCUGGUGGCACCCUAAAAGCAAAGGCAACCUCUGUAGAUCAACUCCUGACUCAAGCCCAGAUCUCUCCAGGGGACAGAUGACGUGUCCUCAAAACCAACGCUUCCUUCAAAAUAACAUUCUUAGCGUACAAAAGCUGCUGGACAGAAUUCUAGCUCUGCAGGUAGAAAAAAAAACAAAACACGUAAGAAUGAGGAACUGACAGGCGCACAGAGUAAUGAUUGCGGAGCUUUGUGUCUGUGGGGUAGACACAGGCCCACCCGGCGGAGUGCAGGGCUGCCUCACUGAACCUGGUGAGAGAGAAACUGCCACCCACCAGGGUGGACAGCUGGGAGUCGCCGCCUUCACACUCCAAAAACGAAGCGCUCCACAAAAACUAGAGCGCUCCCCCUGGCAGCUGACUCACCACCGGACAAUAGCGGAGACCAAGCAAAGAUGUAAAUCUCAUUUUAUACCUCCCUGGCAGGCCCCGUUCCACUCUUACAAUAGAAAGGCUACUGGGACGCUGGUUCCAGGACAUACACAGUGUCUCAGUGCUCCUGACACUUUCAAGAGAGGACGUUUCCUUCAUGUGAUGACUCAGAAUUACAGGAGCCGCUCCACCUUGACCUGAAAUCAAAGCCAAGGACAGAGCCAGGAAGAAAUGGUGCUGACGUGGGCAAGGGGCCUGAAACGCUAGCAGCUGGGGCUGAGGGCGCCUCAGCCUCACAAAGGGGCAGUACAACAACCAGGCUGCGCCAACAGAUUCCCAGCAUUUCUCUGAGGACUCCGCGGGAUGAGGGCCAUGCCGUCUUCCGUUCCACGUGGAGGAACACUCCCCCGUCUACCGAAGAGGAAACUGGGGCACAGAGGGAUCAGGAGAGAGAAAGUCAAUCAAGCCAUGAAACGAAACAGAAAAAGACCCAACUUCCCGACCUCCCAGUCCUACACUGUUCUUGGGGUUUGGCUCCGACCACUAAGAUGAUGGGAUCCUAGGAAUGAGGACGAGCAGUGGUGAGAUUCUGGCACAAAUCCCCAAAGACCAUUCAGGAAGAAUGGCUCUUCUAAUGAGAUAGCCUGGCUUGGGCGCAGUGGGACAGUUCCCUCUCCUGGGCUGGCCCCUUUUCCACCUUUCCUUUUCGCCACGUCAAUAAAGUUUCUCUUUCGUGUGA